AUGGGUCUAGGAAAAACAAUCCAGGCAAUUGGAAUUGCUUACUUCUAUAAAGAAGAAUGGCCUCUUUUAAUAGUGGUCCCUUCAUCUCUGAGGUACCCUUGGGCAGAAGAAAUAGAGAAAUGGAUCCCAGAGCUAGGUCCAGAAGAAAUCAAUGUUAUUCAGAAUAAAACUGAUGUUGGGAGAAUAUCGACCAGCAAAGUGACAGUUCUGGGUUAUGGUCUUUUAACCACAGAUGCAGAGACUUUGAUAGAUGCACUGAAUAAUCAGAACUUCAAAGUAGUUAUAGUGGAUGAAUCACAUUACAUGAAGUCCAGAAAUGCAACUCGCAGCAAGAUUUUAUUGCCAAUAGUACAGAAAGCCAGACGAGCCAUUCUUCUUACAGGAACUCCAGCUUUGGGAAGGCCUGAAGAGCUUUUCAUGCAGAUUGAAGCUCUCUUUCCACAAAAAUUUGGAUCAUGGACUGACUAUGCAAAAAGAUACUGUAAUGCACAUAUCAGAUAUUUUGGAAAAAGGCCUCAGUGGGAUUGUAGAGGGGCAUCAAAUCUUAAUGAACUUCACCAGCUAUUAAGUGACAUAAUGAUUAGAAGAUUAAAGUCUGAAGUUUUAACCCAACUGCCCCCUAAAAUCAGACAACGUAUUCCAUUUGAUCUUCCGUCAGCAGCAGCCAAGGAAUUGAAUACCAGCUUUGAAGAGUGGGAAAAAUUAAUGAGAGGUCCAAAUUCAGGUGCCACAGAGACUGUCAUGGGGUUGAUUACUCGCAUGUUUAAACAAACUGCUAUCGCCAAGGCAGGUGCUGUAAAGGAUUAUAUUAAGAUGAUGCUUCAGAAUGAUUCUCUUAAAUUUCUGGUUUUUGCUCACCAUUUAAGCAUGCUCCAAGCUUGCACAGAAGCAGUCAUCGAAAACAAGACUCGUUAUAUUAGGAUAGAUGGAAGUGUUUCAUCUUCAGAAAGAAUACAUCUGGUUAACCAGUUUCAAAAGGAUCCUAAUACUCGUGUGGCUAUCCUAAGCAUUCAGGCUGCUGGCCAGGGAUUAACAUUUACUGCCGCAAGUCAUGUUGUAUUUGCUGAGUUGUACUGGGACCCUGGACAUAUAAAGCAAGCAGAAGACCGUGCUCACCGAAUUGGACAGUGCAGUUCUGUGAAUAUUCACUACCUUAUUGCAAAUGGGACUCUAGACAGCCUUAUGUGGGGAAUGUUGAAUCGCAAGGCUCAGGUUACAGGGAGCACAUUGAAUGGUAGGAAGGAAAAAAUUCAGGCUGAGGAAGGUGAUAAGGAAAAAUGGGAUUUCCUGCAGUUUGCUGAAGCUUGGACUCCAAAUGACAGUUCUGAAGAGCUAAGGAGGGAAGUCUUGUUCACUCAUUUCGAAAAAGAAAAACAGCAUGAUAUUCGAUCAUUCUUUUUACCAAAACCUAAAAAAAGACAGUUGGUGACCUCCUGUGAUGAAUCAAGGAUAUUCGAGGAGAAAAAAACUGGAGUGGCAUCAGACCACAGAAAAAUAGUUGCAGGAGAUACCAGUGAUUAUGAAAGUGAAUCUGAAGCUAAAAGAUUGAAAUUGGUUGCCACCAGUGACCACUGCAGUCCCCCUGAGGAGACACCAUCAUGGCCCAGGCAAACCAAAGCUCCACUCAUGGAUGGUGUCCAUGAAGCCAAGUCCCAGUCAGCCACCCUAGCUGUUCCUAGAGAAGGCUGGCAGUGUAGUUUCUGUACCUAUAUCAAUAAUUCAGUGUUACCUUCUUGUGAAAUGUGUGAGAAUCCUCAAGGCAGUGCUGAUAGCCUCAACCAUGUCCAGGAUAAAAUCAAAAGUAAGAAGGAUGAUUCUCAGAAAAACACCUCCACAAAAGUUCGAACUAGCUCAGACUGUGAAAAACAAGUCCUUGCACAGUCAGAACCUGACCAGCUGGCUGAGAGCAAGGAAGAAACAUCAAAAAUUGAAAGGGAAGACAGACUUACACCCCAGCCAGGUAAUGAACAGUUGAAGAGUUCAGACACUUUGCCAGUGUAUGACACCUUAAUGUUUUGUGCAAGUAAGAACACUGACCGGAUUCACCUCUACACUGAGGAUGGAAAACAGAUGAACUGUAAUUUCAUUCCAUUGGAUAUAAAAUUAGACCUUUGGGAAGAUUUACCAGCAAACUUUCAGCUGAAACAAAAUCGCUCAUUGAUUUUGAGGUUUGUUCGAGAAUGGAAUAGUCUAACUGCCAUGAAGCAAAGGAUAAUCAGGAAAAGCGGGCAGCUGUUCCGUAGCCCAUUUCUUGUCUUGGAAGAGAUCACAAAGCAACAAAUCAAACAAAACUGCACCACAAGAUAUAUAACCAAAGAAGAUGUUGCUGUAGCCUCAAUGGACAAGGUGAAGAAUGCUGGAGGCCAUGUCCGUCUGAUCACAAAGGAGUCCAGGCGAUGGGAUCCUUCCACAAAAAAGUUUCUUGAAGAUGGAGCCUGUGUCCCAUUUCUAAAUCCCAACACAGCUCAAGCUGAUCUCACUGUGAAGCCUUCUACAUCCAAAGGCUAUUUGCAAGCGGUGGAUAAUGAAGGAAAUCCACUUUGCCUCCUCUGUCAGCAACCCACUUGCCAAACUAAGCAAGCUUGUAAAGCGAAUGCUUGGGAUUCACGGUUUUGCUCUUUGAAAUGUCAAGAGGAGUUUUGGAUUCGAUCUAAUAACAGUUACCUGCGAGCCAAAGUAUUUGAAACUGAACAUGGUGUGUGUCAGCUCUGUAAUAUGAAUGCACAAGAACUCUUUUUACGUGUGAGAGACGCCCCUAAAAGUCAGAGGAAGAAUCUUCUGGAUGCUACCUGGACUACAAAGCUUUCAUUAGAACAGCUAAAUGAAAUGAUAAGAAACCCAGCAGAAGGACAUUUCUGGCAGGUGGAUCACAUCAAGCCAGUAUACAAGGGAGGGGGACAGUGCUCCCUGGACAACCUGCAGACUCUCUGCACAAUCUGUCACAAAGAGAGAACUGCCAGACAAGCCAAGGAAAGAAGCCAGGUGAGAAGACAAUCUCUGGCAUCAAAGCAUGGAUCAGACAUCACACGAUUUUUGGUAAAGAAGUAGAAAAAUACAUGAAUGAAAAAAUAUAUAUAUAUAUGAAUGGAUGACAAAUAGUAUACAUGUGGAAGAAUUUAACAAUUUUUCUUCCAUGUUUAAAAUAUUAAGAGUAAAAAUUUUCAGAACAAAAGUCAAGAAUUCAAAUUCUGGUUUUAUACUAAGUACUUUUAGUGUUUAAAUACCUUUAUGAAAGUACUUAACAGAAAAUCAGGUCCAAUACUGAACAUUUCUGUGGUCUUGUUGAUUUCAUGCAGACUUUCAAUUAUGUUUCAGCAAGGUUUUGUUAAGCUUUCAUUUCCCCCGAAUAUGCCUUAAUCAUUAUAUUGUGCAUAGACUGUGUUUGAAAAUAUACUCUUAGUUACCUGAAAAAUGCUUCUAGAUUGUUGGUUCUGGACUGUCAUAGGUACAAAUGGAACAUUGCAAAACCUAAUGGGAAAUUUCAGAGGCAAAUCAUCAUUAUGCAGGAAUUCUGGGCCAAGCAUGUUCGCUAAGUACCUCCCGAAUGAGUUUGGGGUACACAUUUUGGGUGUUGCCUUUCUUGCUUUAUUUCUAAGCCAGUCAUCUUUAUCAAAAAGAUACUUUUAUAAAUGAGCUAAUUGUGCCUAUGGUGUUUGUGGACAAUUUGGGAGUUCUGGGUAAAGUAAUUGUUAAAACUAUUAACCACUGAAAACAUAAAA